AUGAAGAAAGAUUGGAAUAUCGUCGUGGUCGGCGCCGGAGUCUUUGGCUUGACGACGGCGCUUGAGCUCGCGUUACAAGGAUACCGUAAAGUCAUUGUUCUUGAUCGCCAUGUCCCUCCAGUCCCUGACGGCUCCAGCGUGGACAUCUCACGCGUCAUUCGGUUCGACUACGCUGACGAUAUCUAUCUGAAGGUAGCACAUGAGGCAUAUCAGAAAUGGUUCACGUCCCCAAAAUACAGAGACAUAUUCGUCCCUACGCCUUUCAUAUUGACCAGCAACCAUAGCCCGAUCGGAAGGUCGUAUAUCGAGAAUACCACCAGUGCUCUUGAUCGUGCCCAAUUACCGUGGCAAAGAUUAGAAUCUGCUGAGACCACCCGAUGUCUGUACCCGACCAUUAGCGGCUCCCUCGCCGCACCCGACUUCAUGGGUUACCACAACCAACAGGCCGGUUGGGCAGACGCCCAAAAAGCUAUCGUCAGCCUACGCAAUGAGUGCAUUGUCCACGGGGUGUCGUUCAUAUCAGGCCAUGCCGGCACCGUUGUUAAUUUUGAUCGUAACAUUUUAGGAAAAAUCCGUGCUGUUAGGACCCUUGCUGGAACCGAGGUUGUGGGCGAUUUGUUCGUCCUCGCUGCUGGCGCGUGGGCGGCGAGCCUGGUACCCAUGUAUAAUUCGACACUCUCAACCGGACAAGUGCUUGCAUAUCUCCAUCUGUCGCCGGAUGAAAUGGCAAAGUAUCGGCAACUGCCUAUAUACAUCAAUUUCGCUACAGGGUGGUUUAAUUUUCCACCACAUCAAGACACAUCACUGUUGAAGAUGGCCGUGCACGGAUGGGGUUAUGAGCGUUCUCCGAACGAAGUGGAACGCCAAAUCCUCAGUUCAGAUGUGUCGACGCCUCCGUUAGCCGUUUCCAACGACCGAAAGAACUACAUUCCUUUAGACGGUGAACGCCGACUACGUGACGGCCUCAAAGAGCUACUGCCCGAACUUGCCGAUCGACCUUUUGAACGAACGGCUGUGUGUUGGUACACCGACACGCCUACAGGUGACUUCAUCAUGGACUAUCACCCAGAUUACCAUAAUCUUUUCGUCGCCGGUGGAGGAAGUGGCCAUGGCUUCAAGUUCUUGCCAGUCCUCGGCAAGUACACGACCCUUGCCCUCCAUAAGAGCUUGGAGCCUGCUCUUGCGAGGAAGUGGCGGUUCCGCACUGAAUAUAAAGAUAUGGUCAAUGCUUUCCCGGGCGAUGGAAGCCGUGGAGGGCCGGAAAGACGACAACUGCGUGCCCAUGAGCAUGCCAGGUUAUAG